AUGGCUGGGGAGCUCUCCAUUCUGGAGAGAUUAGACGCGGCGCUCUCGGACCUAGUCGCAGACUGGAGCAUUUACACUACUGUGCUUGCCGGUGCCCUUGCGGUCUUUGGAAUCUAUUCAGUCUUGUCGAAUAGAGAUCCCGACGUGCAUCCAUACCUCCUCGCUCGUCAGUCAACCGGCUCUCCAAUUCGACAAGUUGGUGAAUCGGCUACUUUCCGCGGCCUCGAGACACCGUAUGGAUAUCCACUUCGUCAGGGCUUAAAUGUGAAAGACCCAGGAACUCCAAAAUGGACCGCUGGCCGUCGGGGUGACCUGCGUGAUAUUUGGAAAACCGCCGUCCGUGGAGCACUGAACGAAGAUGGCACCACCUCUGGUAAACAGGGCAAGAUCUACACUGUUCUGGGAAAGAAUGCUGUGGAACACUCACUGGGCAAAGUCACUCAAGAGAUCAACGUGAUCGGUCAACAUCUCCAGAAAGCAAAAGUCAAGACCGUUGCCGUCUGUCUCACCGAUUCGAUCGAACAUCUGUCCGCGAUAUUUGCCGGAUCAUUCUACGGAUUCAAGGUCGUCCUGGUUCCCCAUAACCUACCUGCUGCGACUCUGUCGGCCCAGUUGCAAGAUGUGAAAGCCGAUGCUCUCAUUGCGCAAGCUGGCUCACUCGACUUGUCCUUUGUCACGAAGAAUAACAAGCAACUGUCUGUCGUCGUCUGGGUUGCCAACUAUGGUAAUCAGCACAUGGACUGGCACGAAGUUCCCAAGGAUGUUACGAGCUCACUUGAUGUUGCUGUAUGGCACGAGCUUGUCGAAGAAGGGAAGGACAUUGCUGGCUUCGAAGUCCCUGAAUAUGAUCCCACGACUCCGGUUCCUGGUCUUAGCACAGUGUGGGCCUUCGAGUCCGAGACUGGUCAAUUCAUUGACUUUACACAGGAGAACCUCGUGGCGGCCAUUGGAGCUCUUGGGUCGGCGCUUCCUCGAAACCAACGCUUCCAAGAGUCUGAUCUUGUUCUCUCGAUCGACUCGCUUUCUCGCUCGUAUCCCCUCUGUCAAGUUCUCAAUGCACUGUACUCUAAUGCCUCAGUUGCUCUCAACUCGGUCGCCGGCGAAAGUGUCGACUUCGCUCUUGCGACCAAAGGAGUCUCACCCACUGUCAUCAUUGCGUCCUCAAAGACUAUUUCUGGAUAUCAUGAUCAAGUGAUGGCACCACGCGCUGGUCUUAUCUCAUUCUUAGGGCGAUGGAUGCAGGCUCGCACAUUGGACGCAGGCGUCAUGCCGUCCCACAGCUUUUUUAAUCAGCUCGUUCACGUCGCCCCGACUGCGGAGCUCUCUUUGGAAAAGCUGCGCCUUCUGUGCAUUUCACACCGUAUCGACGCUGAUCCGGCCACCCGUCUGACCACAGAGCAGAUGACUGAUCUACGGAUCUAUAUGAAUGCUCGAAUUGUCUACGCUCUCACUGGACCUGGUAUUGCCGGUGCCAUCACCCAGACUAAUGUGUUCGAUUAUCGCAACCUUGGCGGCUGGAACCACUUUGGCGCACCUCUCAGUAGCACUGAAAUCACAUUGACAGGCAUCGCCGAGGAUGGGACGACUGAUGAGAAUCCCCAGGGACAGAUCCGUGUCUCCGGACCUGCUGUCGUGAACGGUGAAGUGACACUUCCCACACGGGGACGUAUCACUGCUGAUAAUACCUUGAGUCUGAAUGUUUGA